AUGUGUUGUUCUUUAUGGAUCGCUAGGAAUGAUCGUAUCUUCAAGCGUAAAAGUUGGACCCCUGAGGAAGUAAUUAAUCAUGCACAGAUGGCCUACGAGGAGUUUGGGAAGCUGUCUCAAAGUCCUAUCUGCACAUCACAGUCCUUGGUCGAGUCGCCGUCCACCGAUCAGAGGCAGUGGAUUCCUCCUCCACACAGUCAAGUGAAGCUCAACACUGAUGCAGCCUUACCUAGAGGAGAGUCCAACGGUGGAAUAGGCUUCAUCAUCAGGAAUGAUCUGGGACACAGCAUUCUGGCCAUAUCAAAUCCAGUAACUAUGAGUGAUAUUCUAAUGGGCGAAUCCAUGGCUGUUCGAGCAGGCCUUUUAGCGGCGGUGGAAACUGGAGUGAGUCAUAUUAUGGUGGAAUCUGAUUGCGCCGCCCUGAUCUCUUAUAUCAACGGCGAUGAUCCUGCCCCUCUAUCUAUUGGCAGUUUCAUCCAUGAUAUUCAAUGCUUAGCGAGUCAGUUUACAUCUAUUUCCUUUAAUCAUGUUUCUAGGGAUAGGAACGGUGUUGGCAAUUCCCUAGCUUGGAAGGCCUUAUCCUCUGCACGUAGGAUAGUUUGGCUAAAUUCCAAUCCUUGGCUCUUGGAUUUAUGUUACCAGGAUAUCUCGGCUGUAACUUACCCUUUCUUCCAAUAA